AUGAGCCAAACCGCGCCGGCUGCGACAGCUGGCUACGGGAACCAAAAUAGUUCAGCGCCUCCCAUCUGCGGCAACUGUCAAACGUCCGUCACUCCACUCUGGCGACGCGACGAGUCCGGAUCGGUGCUCUGCAAUGCAUGCGGGCUGUUUCUGAAGUUGCACGGCCGUCCGAGACCCAUCAGCCUGAAAAGCGAUGUGAUCAAGAGUCGAAACCGAGUCAAGACGUCGCAGCCCAAGAAGCGGGACAGUCAGGGCGGACAGGAUGGCAGUGGCCUCAUGCUUCCCAAUGGCUAUGCUGCUGCGCAUCCUGAUGCAGCCCAUCUGGCCACGCACGCUCCUGGCACCAUCAAUGGCCACCAGCAUGGCUUCCCCAUGGGCAGCAUGACAGGCCACAUGGGCGAACCCUCGCCUGGAUCCAGGAGUAAUACACCCAGCCUACACCAGCAAAAUAACAACCACAGCAUCGCCCCGCAACACAUCUUCGACACGGUGUCGCUGCCCUCCGACACAUUUGCCAGUCCCAGUCUGCCAGCGUUCAACUUGCGCAACCCUAGUCCAGCUCCGACAACGAAUGGACAUGGGUCGCACAUGGGCGUCUCCUCCAAUUACGAAGAUCUGGUAAAUCAGAACAACACAUUGCGAACACGAGUAUCAGAGCUCGAGGUCAUCAACGACUUAUUCAGAGGCCGGGUCUCAGAACUGGAGGCCAGUGAGCAGGAUGCAAGGCAGAAGGAGCGCAGUAAGGACGCCGAAGUGCAGAGGUAUCUUGCAGAGCUCGCGACCGCACAUUCGCGGGCGGCAGAGCUGGAGCGACGACUGAAGGAACUUGUAGAGGAUGGCCCUGCGAGGAAGAAGGCCAGGACUGACAGCGACAGCAAUCGCGAUACGGUCUCGGAGUCUGGCAGCGCAGUGGCUGAAUGA